ACUGUUGAAAACACACGAAACAACAACACAACAGCACACGACAACACCUCUGACCAGAGUGUUCUCGGCUUGUUUAAAUCUCUUACCCUUUCUUCCCUCUGGAUUGAGACUCGAACAUCUUGCGCUCUAAUAUCUACUACUACACUCACCGAUUCCCCUCUCCUCUACAACCAGUAACCUGAGGCUAGGCCACUAACACCCCCCCGUACCUCCAACAAGAUAAAAAACAUACCUAUAUAAAGCAACUCCCCACCGCUACCGCUUCAAACUCAACCAGCAAGCACAAAAACUCAUAUACCCACACACUUCUCCAAGCCCUUUACAAACAAAAUGGAUGAAAUCCUCUUCCACGUCAUGAACAUCGCGUACGGCGCCACGAGCUACACGACAUCGCUCAAGACUCAACUGGUUGUCCCCCUAAAGCAGUACGCCACCUCGCAGCCAGACCUGAUGAACAUCGCCCUCCUCCUCGUGAUCGUCUACCUCUCGCUAUCGAUUCUGGGUAUGGCUAGUCGCUGGAUCUACUCUAUCGUCAUCACCACAUUGCGCUUGCUCCUGUUUGUCGCUGUGAUCGGCGGCGGGAUCUGGGUGUGGCAGCGCGGGCUGCAGACGUCUCAGAGCGACUUCCUCAGGGUCGUUGAAGUGGUCAGCGAGAGUGUUAGUGCCGCUGCUGCCGGGAAGGGACCAGGCGGUGGGGGAGCAGGAGGGAUGGGGGGUGCCGGUGCCGGGUUUGAAAGGCCGAGAUAUGACUAUUAGAAGCGCUUUCUGUGGGAUGGGGAGGUGGUUAUAGAGGGGGGGAAGUUUUUUUUUUUUACGGUAAUGACGUUGAUGACUACAAUGAUGACCUGCUGGGCUCUACUGCUCACAGGUGGAUUGCCCUGGGAUUGUUGAAAAAGGAUUGGAUGGGUGGACGGAUGGAUGGGUAUAUCACGGUUUUUCCUUUCGACCUGCUAUUGUCUUUCUUGCUUGUUUUCCUUUUCGCCGGACUACCUAAUACCAAAGGUCCGGUAGCCUCACCUUUUACUCUUCUUUUUCAUUCAACCGUUCACUCUCAAUUUCAUUCUUCACUAUUGCAUUCCCGCUCAAUUGCUUUCCAUUUACUCCCCCCCCGCCCAAAAAAAAGUCACAAAAUACUGUACUGUACUCCAUCCAAUUUUUAGCUGUCAAAAUAAUGUUUUUCCAUAGAAUUUCACUUUAUUGCCGCUGCUGAUGCUCUAGUCACUCUCGCAUUGUGAGCGCGUAAGACCUAAAUUACAAGUUACAGUAUCGCAUCUAUCUAUCCGCAGUACGUUUGAUAUAGAUAUCCCAUCGUAUGAUGAAUAAGGCUGGUUUUAGGCCAAACUCGAGCUGGGCAGGGUAACCUCCAAUCAAACUUGCAAUCUGUUCUUUACGGCACGCGGGCCCGUCCGUCUGUUCGUCCGUGCGCAACCUAACUCACCGCAGUCCACCAUACAUGCUCACCGAACCGUACUGUAGUCUACUGAAACCGAUGGGCAUCAGCAGCAAGACAAGAAGCGAGAAGUACUACACCGUAUGCAUCACAGCUUGCGAUUAUAAUACGAUACCAGUCUUGACGCUUUUGAGGAGUUUCUUGCCAGCGUAUGCACAAGUCAUCACUCGGAUUUCGGAAAGUGGUGCUCACUUAUACUAGUACUCGAGUAAUUAGUCGUGAUGGAGGCGGAGGGGGGCCAGGGAUUAUUCUCAAUUCUCAGGGAAGGGAUGGGAAGGGAAGGGAGGAGGGAUUAUGUCCAUUGUCAGGCCGCCCGCCGAUAACUAUAUACCCAUCUAGAAUAUUUGGAUAGAGGCGCCGGGCUAGAUUAAAUGGAAAGAAAGCGGGAAAGUAUCAUAAUGUAUUCAUACCCACGGGCGGCCUA